AUGUUCAAGAAGGACAUCACCUCCGCUCCGAAGCAAAAGCUCAAGUCCUCGGUUCAGCGCUCUCUCCGCCAGUCGCUGCUCUCGUCCUACCCGCUUCUGAACCCUUACAUCGAGGAGGUCAUGCCCAAGAAAGCAUCUCUGGAGCAGAUGAAGCUGCCCGAUCGCUGCUCCUUGUAUGUCUGCGAGCAGCAGCCCAUCUUCUACCAGCAGGACAGCACCACUCUCCUCCCGCACCUCAAGCUCGUCCACCGCUUCCCCCAGGCUUUCCCUACCAUCCGCAUCGACCGUGGUGCCAUUCGCUUCGUGCUUUCUGGAGCUACGCUCAUGGCGCCCGGCCUGACGAGCGCCGGCGGUCGGUUGCCACAGCCGAGGGAAGGGGACGAGGGUGUUGAUGAGGACGGUCACUGGAGCAGGGAACUGGAGAAGGGCGAGCCCGUCGUUAUCAUGGCAGAGGGUAAGACUGAGGCAUGUGCGGUGGGAUUUUUGGUUGCGGGAACGAAGGAGGUCAAGGAUAAGGGCAAGGGACCCGUUGUCGAGGAGGCGCAUUUCCUCGGUGAUGGUCUCUGGAGACUGGGUUCGGAGUAA